GUGAUUGGUCAGUGUCUGUGGUCGGGCCAAGGUGCAGAAGGGUGUGUUGAGCAGCUCUGCUGUUCGGGGACUGUCGGAUUGCAAUGGCGGAGUGUGAUGAUUUGGAUCGGGCGGUUGUGCAGUGGUUGGAAUGGGACAAGAUUAUGUUCCUGUGUCCUGGACUUCCAAAAUACCAGGAACGUUUUUAUCUCUUUCGACUUAAAAUUUCUCAUUUUUUCCAGACUUUAUCUUUUGCCCUGGCUGAUAAGGAAGGAGCCACAGUCAUUUUAGCAAAUGACCCAGAUGCUGAUCGGCUUGCUGUAUCUGAGAAACAAGAGAGAGGAGAUUGGAAAGUAUUUUCCGGGAAUGAGUUAGGUGCCUUGUUGGGUUGGUGGAUUUUUACUUGUUGGAAGAAGCAAAAUAAGGAAUCCAGUUCUUUGAAGAAAAUCUAUAUGCUGUCCAGCACAGUCUCUUCAAAAAUCCUCCAGGCAAUUGCACUAAAGGAAGGAUUUCAUUUUGAGGAAACCUUAACGGGCUUUAAAUGGAUGGGAAACAAAGCUAAAGAACUUAUAGAUAAGGGCAAUACAGUACUUUUUGCCUUUGAAGAAGCAAUUGGAUAUAUGUCAACUGAGUUUGUCCUGGAUAAAGAUGGUGUUAGUGCUGCAGCUAUUGUUGCAGAAAUGGCUAGCUAUUUGGCAACCAAGAAUACCACUCUAACCCAGCAGCUCAAAGCAAUUUAUGAAGAAUAUGGUUAUCAUCUUUCUGAGGCUUCAUACUUUAUCUGCCAUAAACCUGAGAUAAUCAAUCAAUUAUUCCAGAAUUUGCGAAAUUAUAAUGAAACAAAUCAAUACCCCAAAAUCUGUGGUUCAUUUGAAAUAUCUGACAUCCGAGAUUUAACCACCGGUUACGAUAGCAGUCAAUCGGACAAAAAGGCUGUGCUUCCUACCAGUAAAAGCAGCCAGAUGAUCACCUUCGCAUUCAAGAAUGGAUGUGUAGCCACAAUGAGAACUAGUGGGACAGAGCCGAAAAUUAAAUAUUAUGCAGAGUUACGUGCACCACCUGGAAAUAGUGAUUUCGAGAAGCUGAAGGAGGAGCUCAAUGACUUGGUGAAUGCACUGGUGGAGUAUUUCUUCCAGCCAGAUAAAAAUGGCCUAACAUCUCAACCCGCCUGAAAUGAAUUCUGCCAUUUCCGACAGUCAGUUUUGGCAGCGCACUAUUAACUAUUUCUAAUUGUGUCCAUAAUUCUGAAGCACAUGUUUUAACUUGAGAGGAAUAUGCUAUGUUGCUAAAGUCUUACUGAGAAAAUAACUCAUCUUGUAAAAUAUUUGUAGUAUUUUUGGGGGAUGGGGAUCGCUCUCUCAUGGUCCUGUUUGUAAUUGAUAGCACUGCAGGACCUAAAAAAGGAGGGACACAAUACUGGUUUUCCUUUGGUUAGGGAGAUAAUUGUCUUUUGAUGAAUAAGAAAUAUGUUGCUAAAUCCCUUCCAGUUGGGCUUUAGAUUUUUUUGAACAGAGAGAACUUUGCCUUUAACAAUGCUUAUUAACUUGCUACAGGAGGGCUUCUUUGUAAGAUGUGUGACUGCAGCUUUAUUUGGUAGAUUAAAAUAUUAUAUGCAAGGACUCUGUUGCAUAACCUUUGGAAUAUGUGAAGUUCCAGCUUUUAACUGUCGGGUCCAAGGACUUUACUUCUACAUACAUUUUACCUUUGGUAAUUCCUGGAUAACUUCAUAGCUGAAUUUCACACGUCUGUGUUAAAAGCUUUCUUUUUGAAAAUUGUGUGCUUUCAGUUCUGAGUUACUGCUUUAAUUUUGCAUGGAGGAGACAUAUAUUCUGCUGUAUUCCUUUUAAUUCAAUUAAAAAGAUGAUUUUGCACAUAAAAUCACUAUCACAUGCCUAAGUUCAAGAUAUCCCAUGAUUUUAGUUUACAUUCCACUGCAAAUCAAUGUUGCUUUUUAUUCAAACUGUAGCUUGUUUAAUUAUUUGAAAAAAAUCUUUUUGGAUUAGUAACUCAUGCAACCAAAACAGGUGGUUUAAUAAAAUUGUCACAGAAUUAGUGACCAAAAUUUUGUCACAAUUGUAAGAAGUCAUGAUAAGAUGUUGCCGUUGAAUUUCACAAUAAUACAACUACAGGUAUUUCUGCUAUAAUGUGUGUUUUAUUAACGUGAAUUGGCUGUAACGCAAUUGAUUAAUAGUGUUUUAUUAACGUGAAUUGGCUGUAACGCAAUUGAUUAAUAGUGCACACUGUUUGAAUAAUGCAAGCUUUCUACUGUACAAUGUAGUGAUUUGCCUAUAAUGCAAUUUUCCAUAGCACGGGAUCGCAAAAGCAUGUAACUGUCACGUUAUAGGAGAAAUACCUGUGAAUAGAAAUGCAUUCCAUUCAGAAAUGUGAGCAUUGUGGGAAUUCUACAAAACUACCUGAACAUUAAUAGAUACAAAAAUUAUUGUGAGCUAGGUAUCUAAUUUUCUUGUGAAUAUUAAACCUGGAAAUGUGCCUGUAAUCCGUUAGUCAAUGUGUGCCCCACAUGAGUAAACAGAAUACAAUUAACAUGUUUUCAGAAGAGAUUUAAAUUACUUUAAUCCAUUUAAGGCUGGAUUUAUGAUGCAGCAAUGAUACUUGCUUGUGGCAAAAAUUUGCAUGUUCACAUGGUCUGGCUGACCAGGAAACCGUCUUGAUCUUACUGCUUACCAUCAAGUCCUUCCAUGGUUCAACCUGGAGAGGUAGGGGUGGCAGCACUGUGCCAUUACACCUCCCUGCAUUGAUCAUUAUAAUUAAGCAUUUCCUGAAGAGCAAGUGUGACACUCCUUUGUGAUAACACUGGUUUUCCUGUUAUCUUAAAAAUCUAUAAUGUUUGACCAUUGUUAAAGUAAAUUUAUUUACACUGUGGAAAUAAUGCGUUCAGUAUAUUGAGUUGAAUUUUUUGUUUUAUCAUAAAAUUAAACAUGCUGAUUCAUUACA